GUCAAACGUCAGGCAGAGAGACGUCUGAUCCUCAUGUGUUUUGUUUUUGAUGUUAACCAAUAUUAUAAUGGGUUAAUAAGGUUAAUGAAAUAAGGUUUAGACUGUUUAUCUGUCUAAAAUGAUAUUGUUUUAACAACAGUAAGUAAUUCAAGUUACGUAGAAUAACUUUUACAAACUUCUACCCUGCUACCCUGCACUUUAGUGAGACAUAAGAGGAAAAAUGAUAGAAAUAUCUGCAAAGCUGAUUGGAGGUCCAGUGUACUUACCAGGAGAGAAUGUUGGAUGCUACAUAACAUUUAUGAAUCCUCCCUUACCGAAUGAUAUUCGAUCAAGGAGUCACAGAGAUGAUUUGGAAGUUCUUGCCUGGGCAACAGCGCAGAUCCACUGCCAAUGCUCAACCAAUGGAAAAGUUCCAUUACCAUCCAAAACACCAUAUUUACCUGAAGAAAAGGUUGUUUCCAAUUCAGAGACAUCAUUUGCUCCAUGCCAAGGAGACAAGGGACGAAUUGUUUUGUCUACCACUCCUAAGAUCCUGUUCUGUGACCUACGACUAUCUCCCGGAGAAAGUAAAUCAUUUUUCUACUCACAGAGUUUGCCACUGGAAGCUCUUCCCUCCUACAGAGGACAGUUGGUGAAGUAUUCCUACAAGAUAACUAUAGGAAGUCAGCGUGUAAAUGGUAUUGUUAAGUUGUUACGGGUGCCUUUGCGUGUCUUGGACAUCAGUGGUGUGCCAGAGAUAAACCUCUGUGAGGACAGUGAAGAUCUGUCUCCCAGCAACCCUUUCCUGGAGAGUACAACCAAGGAUCAGGAACAGGACCCCACCAUUCAACUACUACAGAAUAUAACUGCUCGCAGAAAUCCAAAUUUCUACAACAUAACCAACAGUAAAGGGAAAGUUGCAAGGUUUUGCCUAUUCAAACAGGCUUACAAACUGGGCGAAGACAUUAUCGGCACUUUCGACUUCUCUGAUGCUACAGUGCCUUGUGUUCAAUUCACAGUAACCCUGCAAAGUGAAGAGACAAUAGGGGAGGAGUAUAAAGCUGAGACGAAGCAGCAGCGAGCAAUCGCCUCUUUCAGUAACUGCCAUGAGGUUUGUCUCAGCAUGAAACAGUGCCUGCUGAACCUGCCGAUACCACUACAUGCUACUCCCACAUUCUCUACUAGACUAGUGUCGUUGCGGUGGAGACUACACUUUGAGUUUGUGACAACACAGCCCGACUCGGUGUUCCAGCUGCCCACAGACAGUAGCACCUGGCAAGGUCCAGGCUUCCUCACCAUUGAGACCAUGAUCUGGGAUCUGCCCAUACAGAUAUACCCCUCUCUCCCCACUCCGGAGCCCCAGACCAACACCAAGUACUCCAUCAUCUUGUAGAUAUUUGUAUAAUAAAUGUUUCUUUGAUCAUA